AUUGGUUCCAGCCGAUCAUGUGACAUCUAAGAUGGCAGUGUCCAGCGAGGCGGAAGAAGAGGCAGCAGUUUAUCUGAUAGUGAGUGGUAUCCCUUCGGCGUUGCGUUCAGCCCAGCUACGGAAUUACUUUAGCCAGUUCCGGGAAGAACGCGGCUGUGGCUUCAUUUGUUUCCACUACCGGCAUCGGCCGGAGAGGGCCCCUUCCCGGGCUCCUCCGGAUUCUGCCCUAACUCCUCUCGGCCAGGGUCUCGCCCAGACUUCAGUCAAAGAUGCCCGUGCUCUCUCCACUCAGGACUCUGCUCCCGCCCAGCCCCACACCUGCUGCUGCGUGGUCUCCAUACGGGGGGAAGCUCAAGCCCAGAGGUUUCUCCGCAUGUACUCCGGCCGCCGGUGGCUGGAUUCUCAGGGGACUUGGUUACCUGGUUGUUGUGUCAUCCGCAGACUUCGACUACCUACUGAGACAUCAGGUCUGGACUCCUUUCCCUUCAAGACCCGGAAAGAACUGCAGAGUCGGAAGGCUACAAGUGAAGCCUUCACACUGGCCGACCUGAGACAACUGCCAGAGUUGAACCCACCAGUGCUGAUGCCCAGAGGGAAUGUGGGGACUCCCCUUCAGGUCUUUUUGGAGUUGAUCCGGGCCUGCCGCCUACCCCCUCGGAUCAUCACCCAGCUGCAGCUCCAGUUCCCCAAGACAGGUUCCUCCCGGCGCUACGGCAAUGUGCCUUUCAAGUAUGAGGACUCAGAGACUGUGGAGCAGGAAGAGCUUGUAUACACAGCCAAGGGUGAGGAAAUACCCCAGGGAACCUGCCUGGCAGAUGUACUAGCCAGCCCCUGUGGAGAGGUGGAGGAAGAAAGAGAAAAGGAAGAGGAAGAAGAAUCACACUCAGAUGAUGAUGAUGACCGGGGCGAGGAGUGGGAGCGGCACGAAGCACUGCAUGAGGACGUGACCAGGCAGGAGCGGACCACUGAGCGGCUCUUUGAGGAGGAGAUCGAGCUCAAGUGGGAGAAGGGCGGCUCCGGGCUGGUGUUCUACACUGAUGCCCAGUUCUGGCAGGAGGAGGAAGGAGACUUUGAUGAACAGACAGCUGAUGACUGGGAUGUGGACAUGAGUGUGUACUAUGAUGCAGAUGGUGGAGACAAGGACGCCCGAGACUCUGUCCAAAUGCGUCUGGAACAGAGACUCCGUGAUGGCCAGGAGGCUGGCUCUGUGAUCAGGCACCAGGUGGGCACCUUCGAGCGCCACACCAAGGGCAUUGGGCGGAAGGUGAUGGAGCGGCAGGGCUGGGCUGAGGGCCAGGGCCUGGGCAGCCAGUGCUCAGGGGUGCCUGAGGCCCUGGAUAGUGAUGGCCAGCACCCCAGAUGCAAGCGUGGAUUGGGGUACCAUGGAGAGAAGCUGCAGCCAUUUGGGCAACUGAAGAGACCCCGUGGAACUGGCUUGGGGCUGAUCUCCACCAUCUAUGAUGAGCCCCUGCCCCAGGACCAGGGGGAGUCGCUGCUCCGCCGCCAGCCACCCACCAGUAUGAAGUUUCGUACAGACAUGGCUUUUGUGAGAGGUUCCAGCUGUGCCUUGGACAGCCCUUCAGAGCCUGAGUGACAGGUCCAGGGGCUUCCUUAAUCAGGAUCACUCAUAAUUGCACAGUGGCAGCCCUCUAUACGGUCUUAUCUAAUGCCAAAGCAAAAAGAACUCUGGGAGCAGCAAUCUGCCCUAGCCUGUUCAGGAUGCUUUUUUAGAACUUGCCUCCUGGCUGUCUACCUCAGGGGCAUUUUGACAAAAAGUCCCCAAUCCUCCCUUUUGAUGAAACGGCUUAAUGACCUCUCCCUGGUGGCCGCCUAACCCUGGUCUGUUUGGGCUUGCUCCUGUUGCUUCCCCCAGUACGAUGAAAAGCCAAACUGCCUGAGAUUACCAGCACAACUUCCCGUGGGGAGGGGUAGGGAGGUCGCCACGAAGCCCAGAAGGAGGGGAAAAGGGACAUGGAAGAGGAGAAGAUUUGCGCUCUGAAGAGACGGUUUGGGGGCCGGCCCUCCUUCGCCUCUCCCCUUAACUGGCUGGGACCGGGCAGCGGAGAGUCUAAGGCAGUUAUCCCGAGUCUGAGACCUAAUGGGAGAAUAAAGGAGUGUAUUACCGAAUUUCUCCUCUUCUAACUUGGGCUUGGCGGAAGGUGGGGGAAAACCCUGAAAAGUUCUUCCUGGACCUGCUUACGCCUCAUGCUUCGGCGCCGCCACGCCCCUCGGCGCCAAGCUAUGUCGUCACUGUAAAGGCGGGACUUCCUCUCCGGCCCUCGCUGUUUCCGGCGUUGUACGGAAGUCGGGUGCUGGUCUGGUCAGUGCCUGGCCAUUUGGUCCCCUUACAGCGCGCCUUUUCCAGCUCUCUCUCCUUAGGCGGCUUCCGGGUAUCGCUGCCAGUCCCCAGCCAAGUGCAGUUAGGGGAACCCAUUGCCCUCGGCUCUUGUCUGCGGUGCGGCUCCCCCCUUGCUUCCUCUCUGAACUUGUCUGCUACGCACUUCCUCUCACUUGUCUGAGCCGUGUGCCGCCCAUGGCAGGGGCCGCUCAGACCACGGCCUUUGGGCAAGCGGUGAUCGGCCCGCCGGGCUCGGGGAAGACCACGUACUGCCUGGGCAUGAGUGAGUUUCUGCGAGCGCUGGGCCGGCGCGUGGCGGUGGUGAACCUGGACCCGGCCAACGAGGGGCUGCCAUAUGAGUGCGCCGUAGAUGUGGGCGAGCUGGUGGGCCUGAGCGACGUUAUGGACGAGCUGCAGCUGGGGCCCAACGGCGGUCUGCUGUACUGCAUGGAGUACCUAGAGGCCAACCUGGACUGGCUGCGCGCGAAACUCGACCCCCUUCGCGGCCACUACUUCCUCUUUGACUGCCCUGGUCAAGUGGAGCUCUGCACGCACCACGGAGCCCUGCGCAGCAUCUUCUCCCAGAUGACGCAGUGGGACCUCAGGGUGCGUCUGGGAUCUGGCCCAUUUUGCGGAUGGAGGAACUGAGACGGAGAGGACAGAUGCCACGCCCCCAUGUCCCAUAGCUAAGUAUGGGGUAGAAUUGCUCUGAAGUAAAACAAGUGUGAAUUCGAAUUCUGGCUCUACCACUGACUCGCUGACUGCUGUCCACCUGGUGGAUUCUCACUAUUGCACAGACCCUGCCAAGUUCAUUUCAGUACUGUGUACCUCCCUAGCCACCAUGCUGCAUGUGGAGCUCCCCCAUGUCAACCUCCUCUCCAAGAUGGACCUCAUUGAACACUAUGGGAAGCUGGCCUUCAACCUGGACUACUACACAGAGGUCCUGGACCUCUCCUACCUGCUUGACCACCUGGCUUCUGAUCCUUUCUUCCGCCACUAUCGUCAGCUCAAUGAGAAACUCGUGCAGCUCAUCGAAGACUACAGCCUGGUCUCCUUCAUCCCUCUCAACAUCCAGGACAAGGAGAGCAUCCAGCGGGUCCUGCAGGCUGUGGAUAAAGCCAAUGGCUACUGCUUCGGGGUCCAGGAGCAGCGGAGCCUGGAGGCCAUGAUGUCUGCCGCUGUGGGAGCGGACUUCCACUUCUCCUCCACCCUGGGCCUCCAGGAGAAGUACCUGGCACCCUCAGACCAGCCAGUGGAGCAGGAGGCCAUGCAGCUCUAGCAACAAGCUGGGCUCUUGUUGGAGGAGGACGCACAACCCAGCGCUGGGUAGCAUGGUGGCUUCCAGAGCAGCAGACUGCGCGGCAGGCUGCAGAUCCAAGAGCAGCCCUCACAGGGGGAGACUGGCAAGGGGAUACACAGCCCUGCAGAGGAGUUCGGCCAGAUCCAGACCUGUCACCAAGCAGAGCACUCUCAGUGCUCUGGGCGCUGCCAGCAGGAAUCCAGCACUGGCCCCGCUUGGGCUGUGAUGGAACAUGGUACAAUACAAGAGUUUAUUUUC